GAUCAGAAGUGUUUAAUCGGAUCCCCCUUUAACUUUCGCAGAACUCUGAGGCUGUAGACCUGCUGUCGGCCGGCGUGGGAAUUGACAAAAGUGCCUCGAGGGUAGAUUUGCAGAGUCGAAUCGUCGGAGCUCUUUUUUUUUCACACCCGGCGCUAGUAAGAUUCCCGAAUGUGGGCUUUUUGCCAAAACCACGCGCUCACCGCAUUCGACGGCUACCACUACGGGGUGUGCGGCUACACUUUCGCAGCAGCGAGCCCUUUUCUAUCUAUUCUCGUUCUCUUUGUUCUGUAACCUUCUCCUGGAUAUAUCUGCUUCUUGUUUCUUUUUUCUGCAGAUAUGUCGGCAACGCAGCUGCUGAACCCCAAGGCGGAGUCGAGGCGGAGAGCGGAGGCCUUGAAGGUGAACAUCAGUGCUGGUGAGGGUCUUCAGGAUGUGCUGAAGUCGAAUCUCGGUCCGUCCGGGACCUUGAAGAUGCUGGUGGAUGGUUCUGGUGGUAUCAAGUUGACGAAGGAUGGAAACGUUCUGCUGCGAGAGAUGCAAAUCCAAAACCCCACGGCCGUCAUGAUCGCUCGUGCUGCUACCGCUCAAGAUGAUAUCACAGGUGACGGAACGACCUCGGUCGUAUUGCUGGUCGGAGAACUUCUGAGACAGGCGGACCGUCAUAUUUCUGAAGGAUUACAUCCCAGAGUUAUCACGGACGGUUAUGAGAUCGCGAAGGACGAAGCUCUGAAGUUUCUCGACAAAUUCAAGAUCGAACGGGCAAUUGACCGCGAGCUCCUUCUUUCCGUUGCUCGAACAUCGCUUAGCACAAAGUUGAACGGCGCGCUCGCCGAAAAACUCACACCCGACAUCGUCGAUGCCGUACUUGCUAUUCACCGAGCUCCGGAGAAGCCCGAUCUGCACAUGGUUGAGAUCAUGACCAUGCAGCACCGCACUUCUUCUGACACACAGCUUAUCCGUGGUCUUGCACUAGACCACGGCGCUAGACACCCCGAUAUGCCGAAGCGAGUCGAAAACGCCUUUAUCCUUACCCUUAAUGUCAGUCUCGAGUACGAGAAGUCAGAAAUUAACUCCGGAUUCUACUAUUCAUCCGCCGAGCAGAGGGAUAAGCUUGUGGAAAGUGAGCGCAAAUUUGUGGAUUCGAAGCUACAGAAGAUUGUGGAACUUAAGAAGCAGGUCUGCGGAGACGACCCUAAGAAGAGCUUUGUUAUCAUCAACCAGAAGGGAAUUGACCCCCUGAGCUUGGACGUCUUGGUGAAGAACGGUAUUAUGGCUCUUCGAAGAGCUAAGCGCAGAAACAUGGAGCGUCUCCAGCUUAUUUGCGGAGGUAUCGCCCAAAACAGUGUGGAGGAUCUCACUCCCGAUGUCCUUGGGUGGGCUGGACUUGUCUACGAACACCAGCUCGGAGAGGAGAAAUACACAUUCGUUGAGGAGGUCAAGGACCCUAAGUCCGUGACUCUGCUUAUCAAGGGCCCCAACGGACACACUAUCGCACAGGUUAAGGAUGCCGUUCGGGACGGUCUUCGCUCAGUGUACAACACGAUCGUUGAUGGUUGCGUUAUCCCUGGUGCGGGAGCUUUCCAGGUUGCCUGCCAUGCCCACCUUUCCUCCGACGAAUUCCGCAAAUCCGUCAAGGGUAAGGCCAAGUGGGGUGUCGAGGCAUUUGCCGAUGCUCUUUUGAUCAUCCCCAAGAUCCUCGCCGAGAACUCUGGCCACGACAUCCAGGAUUCCCUGGCAGUGCUACAGGAGGAGCAGGCAGAUGGCAACAUUGUCGGCCUGAAUCUGACUACGGGUGAGCCUAUGGAUCCUGUGCAGGAGGGCGUGUUCGACUCGUUCCGUGUCCUGCGAAACUGUGUCGCUUCCAGUGCGGGUAUCGCCUCGAACCUUCUCCUUUGUGAUGAGCUCCUGAAGGCCAGGCAGAUGGGCAAACAAGGUGGGCCCGGCGGCAUGGAGUAAGGAGGUCACGUACAAAAUAUAGAUCUAAAAAUCAUACCACUCAGGAGAUGUCUCUAGGAUAGCUUCUGCCUAAAAUGUAUUGAAUACCUUCAAUAGUGGUAAAUAACAUUACCAAUCUAAUUCUGAUACAAUCAUUAUUGUUGCCUGUACUUGAGAGGACC